AGAUUCCUCUYUGACAUCAGGGACUGAUUCCUGUAAGGCCACUUUUCAAAAAACCAAAAGGAUAUUCAUAGAAAAGUACAGAUUCUGCUGGAAUUCGUUAUUCUGCUCUUCCCCUGGGCCUGAGGGUCUUUGUUGCAGAACAAGAGCGAGCCAUGGUGUGCAUUCCUUGUAUUGUCAUUCCGGUUCUCCUCUGGGUMUAUAAGAAGUUCCUUGAGCCCUACAUCUAUCCCGUUAUCGCCCCUUUCAUUAAGCGCGUGUGGCCCAAGAAAGCUGUGCAAGAAACAGCAGCCACAAAAAAAGGUCAUGGAGGAGGCACUGGAAACCCACGGGGGCCUUCAGGAACGAAAAGAGAUCAAGAGGAUGAGUCUGGAAUUUAUAAAUUUGAAAGUAAUGGGGUUGCAAAUGGAAUUGCUGCAAAGGGAGCCACAGAUGUUUCUGACAAGAAAGCAGAUUAAAGGAAUGUAUUCACAAGGUUUUUCUCCCAUGUGUCCAUAAUGAACUGGUGACAUUUCUCUCAUUUAGAGACUUCUUUGCACAUCUUAGCUUAAUGGAAACCCUUGUCACUUCGGGAGAGGGUUUCUUCUGCUACUGUAAUGGCAAYUAGCAGUUUUCUUAUUUAAAAUGUUUGAAAACUGUCUUAAAUUAUUCUUUACUUUCCUCACUGAAAUUGUUUUUCUUCUGUAACCUAUUUGGCAUGAUUAGAGUUUAGAUUAACUAAUUUAUUAAUACUUUCAGCUUGGGAAGGUAAAUGUGUUGCUGCUUACUUUCCCUGGCUGCUAGUGCAGGACUUCAGGCCUUCCCUUUAAGAACCGUAGCUAUUUCUGCCCUUGCUGAAGAACUACGAAUUGCAUAAGUUAACAUAAGUAUUAUGGGCAAAUUAUGACAAAUAUAAAUGAUUGUGUGAAAUCUGUGGAAUUAUGCUAUAUGCAGAAUUUACUUCAUUUACUACAAGUAGAGAGUCUUGAUCUGAUGCUUCCAUUCCACAUUUAUUUCUUGAAAUAUUGUGCCUUUCCCUCCUGAAUAGGAGAUGCAAGGGCAUGAUACAGGAAGACUGUUGCUUUAUAUUUUGUUGCA